AUGCGCUUCCAUUCCUUUAAUCGGCACCUCCACCAGUGUUUGGCAUUGAAGUUGUAUCAGUUGAUAUGUAUAUAUAUAAUCCGAAUUGGUGUUUCACAUUUAUUUGCCCAUCUUUCACUCUGUAUAAUUGUGUGUUGUAAAAUAUGCUUAACUAUUGCUAUUUUUCCUGCCGUAAUAGAGUUACCUGGAGUUCUUUGGGUGCUGCCGGAUUCAUAUCUUGAUGUUCCCAACAAGGACUAUGGGGGUGACUUAUUUGUUGAUGAGAAAGUGAUUCCAAGGCCGCAGUAUAGAUAUUCUGAGAGGCAACCAACUAGGAGCAGACCUCGGCCACGGCAUGACAGGCGUCGUGAAACAAUGCAGGUUGAAAGGAGAGACCCUAUUCAAAGACAGGACUGGAACCAAAGUCAGGGAGGACCUAUGCAGCAAUCGACUCCAAUGAACAGUCAAAACUCUCCUUCUGGUGGACCAAAAUGUUAAACAUGAUCUCUGCUUGACAAAUUUCUCCCAUAUAACAAAGAGAACUUAGUAGUUGUAGUGGAGAAUUCUGAUUUAAGUUCUGAAUCUGAAGGCAUUGUAUGUCCCAUGGUUUUUUAUUUGGAAAUGAC